AUGAGAUACUGGCCAUCAGUACAAACUGUUGAUCCUACCGCAUUAUCUGUUCCUCCGAGGGGGUCCAAUACCCAAAUGCAGUGCAUGCCAGCAGCCUUGACUGCUAAGGAUGAGGAGUUAGUGGCUUUGUGUCAAGCUCAUAUGUUAAAAUAUUUCCAUCUCCCUCGCAUUUCUUACUAUUACAAUUCAUUACACCGCGUUGGCAUUGUUGGUAUGGGCGGUUUGGGUAAAACCACAAUCGCACAAAAGAUGUACCAUGACAGACAAGUGAAUGUGAGAUUUCAGAAGAAAGUUUGGGUUUCUGUAUCUCAAACUUAUGAUGAGUUUCUCAUCAUGAAGGGUAUUUUGAAACAGCUGAAUGCAUAUGAUAGCGGAACUGACAAAGGAUACUUGCUUAACAGAAUUCUUAAAGCACUUUCACAUACGUCAUACUUGAUUGUCUUGGAUGAUGUAUGGAGCAUUGAUGAUAAAUGGUGGGAUAGAAUAUCAAGGGGAUUACCAAAGUUUGUAGAGCACAAUUGUUAUAUUAUAAUUAUGUCAAGAAAUGAGGAUGUUGUUAAGAGGAUGGGACCUACAGAAUCAAGAAUUCAUCGACCAAGAUUGCUAGAUGCUGAAGAGAGUUGGUCAUUGUUCUGUAAAUCUGCAAUUUUGUCAACUAAAGGAAAGUGCAAUACUCAAUUGGAAGAAGUUGGAAGAGAGAUCGUGCACAAAUGUCAUGGUCUUCCUCUAGCCAUCAAGACCACAAGUGGGAUGUUAUCAUCAAAACCACAUUCACUCGGGGAGUGGACAAGGAUAGUGAAAGAAAAUCUGUAA